AUGGCGGGUGAGGACCACCCGUGGCAGGGCAGCAUCCUCUACAAUCUACUGAUGAGUGCAAAGCAGAAGCAGGCAGCUGCAGAAGAGCCCAAGGUGCGCUUGGGGGCUCAGUGCUGGGGUUGCGCCUGCGGCUCUCAGUCCGUCGUGGGUGGGGAGGGACUGCCCGGCGGGCAAGCCAUGCCCCUCCUGUACCGCUGCUGCUUUUGCGGGGAAAACCACCCGCGCCAGGGCAGCAUCCUCUACUCUAUGCUCACCAGCGCUAAGCAGUCAAAUGCAGUGACCGAGGCGCCCAGAGCGCGAUUCGGAGCUCCGUGCUGGGGUUGCGCCUGUGGCAGCGCCGAGCCCCUGGUGGGCAGAGAGGGGCUGCCGGCUGGCCGGGCCCCCUCACUCCUGUAUCGUUGUUGCUUCUGCGGAGAGGAGCACCCAAGACAGGGCAGCAUCUUGUACAGCUUGCUCACUAGCGCCAAGCAGACGCACGUGGCUCCGGAAGCUCCCGAGGCACGUCGCGGAGGCGAGUGGUGGCAGCUGUCCUACUGUACGCAGAGUGUGCAUGGCCCUGAGGGGCUGGAGAGUGCACAGGCCAUGACGGUCCUGUACCGCAACUAUGUGUGCGGUGAAGAGCAGCCCCAGCAGAGCGGCGUUGCCUCUGGCACACCCGGGAGUGCGGAUCAAAUGCCCGCCGCUCCGGAAGAGCAGCCUAGGGCCCCCUUGUGGGACGCCUCCUCUGGCGUGCAGCGUCCGUUGGCACUCAAAAAUCCACAGGUGGUGUGCGAGGCAGCAUCAGCUGGCCUGUUGAAGACGCUGCGCUUCGUCAAGUACCUGCCCUGCUUCCAGAUCUUGCCCCUGGAUCAGCAGCUGGUGCUGGUACGGAGCUGUUGGGCGCCCCUACUCAUGCUUGAGUUGGCCCAAGAUCACCUGCACUUCGAGAUGAUGGAGAUCUCUGAGCCCAGCGUGCUGCAGAAGAUGCUCACUACCAGGCAGCAGGAGGCCGAGGGCGCGGAGCCUGCAGAUACCCUGACCACAGAGCAGCCAUCCGCGGAGGCUGUGCACCUGCCCUCAGCUGCUGCAAUCCAAGCCAUAAGGAGCUUCUUUAUCAAGUGCUGGAGUCUGAACAUCGAUACCAAGGAGUACGCCUAUCUGAAGGGGACCGUACUCUUUAACCCAGAUCUGCCUGGCCUGCAGUGUGUGAAAUACAUCCAGGGCCUUCAGUGGAGAACCCAGGAGAUCCUCACCGAGCACAUCAGGAUGAUGCAGAGAGAAUACCAGAUCAGAUCGGCUGAACUGAAUAGUGCCCUUUUCCUGCUGAGAUUCAUCAGUACUGACGCCAUCACUGAACUCUUUUUCAGACCCAUCAUUGGCGCAGUCAGCAUGGAUGACAUGAUGCUGGAAAUGCUCUGCGCACAGUUGUGAAGGCAUGUGGGCCACUCAAGUGCACUCUUCCAUAGAAGAAGAAAAUGGUAGCUGUAGGCAGGAGAGUGCUAAG